AUGAAUGUCCGAAAUGCAAGGCCGAAUGACUUAUUGAAUAUGAGGGACUGCAACCUAGACUGUUUGCCAGAAAAUUACCAGAUGAAAUAUUACUUUUAUCACGGGCUAUCUUGGCCCCAACUCUCCUACGUUGCAGAAACUGAUAAUGGAGAGAUAGUUGGCUAUGUCCUGGCUAAAAUGGAAGAAGACCCAGAGGAUGUUCCAUAUGGACACAUUACAUCUCUGGCUGUUAAACGGCCAUACCGACGUCUGGGUAUUGCUCAAACCCUAAUGAAUCUUGCAUCACGAGCCAUGGUAGAGAACUUUCACGCCAGAUAUGUCUCUUUGCACGUUCGGAAAAGCAACAGAGCUGCGCUGACGUUAUACAAGAAGACACUACAAUUUGUAGUUUCAGAUAUCGAACCUAA